AUUUUCUCGUCAAACGAAUAUCGAUCUUCGAGAAUGGAAAUCUCGAAAUUCAUUGAUUCUAGUAAAAAGUCGAAUCGAAUAUAAGUGCCUGAAUUCGAUUUAAAUGCGGUAUAUGUUAGCCCCACCUUCAAAACCUAUGGCAUGGCCAAAGAUGCGUUUUUUUCAGUAAUAUGUUGUAAAAAAUUGACUGACAUUGAACGAGUAAUUAAAAAUAUGAAAAGAGAUAAAAAUAAUUGUUUAACAAUUGUUCAUCAAUAUUUUUCGACAUACGAAUUAUUCAAUAAAUUGUCAACAUGAUGAGCAUUCUGUCAAAUAUUCAUUCAAAUGAUCAUCAACACCUAAAAACUUUCCAAAUUUUCGGAUAUAUUGAAUAAAUAGCAUCGCUUAUCUUAAUCUAUGAGUCAUCUACAAUGUAGGUGUAACAAUGAGUACCUUAAAACAUAAAAUAUGUAUGGUCUCUGAUUUCUUUUAUCCUAACAUGGGUGGUGUGGAAGAACAUAUUUUUAAUUUAUCCCAAUGUUUAUUGGGAUUUGGACACAAGGUUGUCGUGCUUACCCACUCGUACGGUGAUAGAAUUGGAGUACGUUACAUGACAAAUGGCCUGAAAGUAUAUUAUAUACCGGUAAAGGUAUUUUAUAAUCAGUGUGUUCUACCAACAAUGAUUUGUUCAAUUCCUCUUAUUAGAUAUAUCUUUAUAAGGGAAGAAAUUCAGAUAGUACACGGCCAUUCUGCAUUCUCUGCUCUUGCUCAUGAGGGAAUGUUAAUUGGUCGAUUAAUGGGACUGAAAACUACUUUCACAGAUCAUUCACUUUUUGGUUUCGCUGAUGCAUCUGCUAUCUUAACAAAUAAAUUCCUAGAAAUAUCAUUAUCUGAUUGCAAUCAUUGUAUAUGCGUAUCCCAUACUGGAAAAGAGAACACUGUAUUAAGAGCAAACGUUCUGAAAGAGAAGGUUUCUGUUAUUCCAAACGCAGUAGAUACCACCUUAUUCAUGCCUGAUAUUGCUAAACGAGAUGAUAAUUUUAUUACGAUAGUCAUAGUAUCCCGCUUAGUAUAUCGAAAAGGUGUGGACUUAUUAGCUCGCAUUAUACCCGAUAUUUGUAGUCGAUACGACAACGUACAAUUUCUAAUUGCUGGAGAUGGUCCUAAGAGAUGGCUGAUAGAAGAGGUGCGAGAAAGAAACUUGUUACAGCAUAGAGUUACGUUACUUGGGAGUUUGGAACAUUCUCAAGUCAGACAUGUCUUGAAUAAAGGGCAUAUAUUCCUCAACACAAGUUUAACCGAAGCUUACUGCAUGGCAAUUGUUGAAGCAGCUGCAUGCGGUUUACAAGUUGUUUCAACAAAAGUUGGUGGUAUACCCGAAGUCCUGCCUGAAGAUUUAAUUUAUUUAGUAGAACCUACAGUGCAGGCCCUUAUCGAAGGAUUGGAAUUUGCAAUAAAAGAUUACAGAGAAGGCAAUACUAAAUGUCCAUUUGAAAUGAAUAAAAGAAUAAGUUUAUUUUAUAAUUGGUUUAAUAUCACCAAAAGAACCGAGAUAGUCUAUGAUCUGGUAAAGAAAGAAAGUAAAAUGAAUUUAGGUGAACAAUUAGCUAAUUAUGUUCGAAGUGGUGUAUUAGCAUACCUGCUGGUGGUAUCUUUGUGCUAUAUUAUUUUACAAAUUUUAGAAAUUGUUGUUCCAAGAAAGUACAUUGAUAUUGCGAAAGAUUACAUCGAGAUCAACGUUAUACAGUCUCAGGGAGAACGAAAAGAAGAUUAGUAUUUUAUUUAUUUUAUACGAUAUACAAUGAAAUUUGAACUGAAAUUUCGUUUUACUGAUAUGUAUUUUAUAUGCCGAAACAUUCCUAUCAGUGUCACAAAGAACAGUUUAAUGUUCAUUAAUAUAAUUAUCAUUUGUUUGAUAAAACAUUUUAAUACUGUAUAAAGAUUGUAUGUAUAAAAAAGUGAAAUACACCGUCGAAAGUACAAAUAUAAUUGUUAAUAAAAAUUAAAUCGUCCAAAACAGUUUUAUUAUUCUCUUCCUACUUUCAUAAGUAAUAGCGUUAAUAAAUAGCAUUUCCUUUACAUUAUUUGUAAAAAUAAUUUCAUGGGGUACUUAUGUUAUUUCUUCCAUCAUAAUAAAUAUUUAAUGAAUUGAUAUAUAUACCUGUGCCUAUAAGUUCAGUUCGCAUUUCGUUUUUUAUCAUGUCCAAGCUACAAUUUUUAUUCAAUUGAUUAAGUUUUGCAAAAAUAAAUU